AUGUGUAGUAAACCCGGAAUUGACCCCGAACUCAGACCAAUCGCUUGGAAGUACCUCUUUGGAUACCUCAAAUGGGAUUACACCGAAGCUGAAAAUGCUGCCAGGAUAGAGAAAAAACAUCAGCACUACCGCAUUAUGAAGGCCUUUUGGAAGUCAAUGUCUGUGAAACAAGUGCGAAACAGUCGUGUGUAUAGAGAGCGCAGAAAUAUUAUUGAAAAGGACACUUUCCGAACUGACCGUCAAGUUCCCCUCUUCAGAGACGACUCUUCUGGUGCUCUAACUCGCCUCUACGAUGUUCUCAUCACCUACACCUUUUAUAACAAUGAUCUUGGUGACUUUGUAGAGUAUUUAUGCGUCUGGUGUGACCAAGUAAGACCCAGCGAGAAUGCUAAUUUGACUGGACUUCGUUGGAUGUUCUGUAGAGUUAUGCGUGAUUGCAGCUAUUUGUAUGUUACUCGUGGAAACAUCCAAGCUCCCAAUUCUAACGGUCUUAAUGUAUUCUCUCCAUUCUUUUUACACAGAGCCCUACACAUCACUGUAACAUGCUACUUCCAGGGUAUGAACGAUCUUCUCGCCGUUAUCAUGACAAUUAUCGAGGGUGAAGAGGAUGCUUUCUGGUGUUUUGCUGGACUUCUUGAACUCAUUGCUGACAACUUUUCUGAUGGACCGUCAAGUCUCUACAGUCAAUUCCACAAUCUCUUCAAACUAAUUGAAAUCCUAAUGCCAAACUUUGCUCACUUUUUACGCGAAAAGGAGGCAACGUCGAUGAGCUUUUGCUUCAAGUGGUUCCUCAUUAUCUUCAAGCGAGAGUUCUCCUACGAUGAUAUCAAGAUACUUUGGGAGACCCUCUUCAGUGGUGUUGCUCCCAAGAAUUUCCACCUGCUCAUUGCAGUGGCCAUUUUUGAUGCUGAGGCGGAUUCUAUCAUGCGAACCUGCCAGGAUAUGAGUCAAAUUCUGCAGUACAUCAACAACCUGAGUGAGAUGAUCAAUCUAAACAAUGUUCUGAGUCGUGCUCAAGGCAUCUUCAAUCAGCUUUCGGAAGUUCGCGACUGUCUUCCCAAUGAAGUAGCCGUUUUCCUCGGCUUCGCUCCUCCACCCUCAUCCGGUCCUCCUGGCGAUGGUCGCCAUCGAAGUAGUGUUGACGAGGAAGGACUCCUAGCAACCUGCAAUUUCUCCCUGGAAUCUGCUUUUCCCUCUUCAAAUAGCCCUCCCCUCAACGACAACGCUAAUGACAAAUCGAUAAGCGCAGUGGAAGUUGGCGAAGACGCCACUAAUUUGAUGACGAAUGCCCACACUAUGGCAGAAUCCUCUGGAGACCCAUAG